GGAAGCAGCCGCGGCGCUUGAGGGAAAGGAAGACAUUUUCUACAAUGUGAAUUUCUACAGAACAAUCUGUGAUUUUCAAAAGAGCUUCUGGGCAGUGGCACAACAACUGUUUAAAAAGAAACGUGGCUGAAACAGAUUGACAAGAAAUGCUUACUCUGCCACCUACCUACCAUAAUGAAGGAAUAAUAGCUAAAAGUUCAGAACCAGUUGCUUUUCCUCUUGCUUCUCUAUGGAACUGAAGAUAGAAGCAUUUCAUGUGACAUCUACCUGAAGGCUCAUUUUGGUCAGCAAGUGAAACUAGUAAAGCUGCUUGACAAUGGUGGCACACAAGGACUGAUCCCAGUGUGUGAUGAGUCCAGGUUUUUCUUCUGUAAUCAUGGCAAAACCUUAUGAAUUUAACUGGCAGAAGCCAGUUCCCUCUUUUAUGCAAGAUGGAGCUGUGUUUGAUAGAUACGAAGAGGAAUCUUUUGUCUUUGAGAGCAACUGUCUCUUCCAAGUGGAUGAAUUUGGUUUCUUUCUGAGCUGGAAAAGUGAAGGAAAGGAGGGACAGGUGUUAGAAUGCUCCCUGAUCAACAGUGUUCGUUUUGGAGCUGUACCAAAGGAUCCCAAAAUACUGACUGCACUCGAGGCUGUGGGGAAAUCAGAAAACGAGUUGGAAGGACGGAUAGUGUGUGUCUGCAGUGGCACAGAUCUGGUGAACAUCAGCUUCACUUUCAUGGUGGCAGAAACCACAGAAAUAGCCAAGCAAUGGGUAGAAGGGCUUGGAUCCAUCAUACACAACUUCAGAGCUAACAAUGUCAGCCCAAUGACGUGUCUCAAGAAACACUGGAUGAAGCUGGCCUUUCUAACAAACACAAAUGGGAAAAUUCCAGUUCGGAGCAUAACCAGAACCUUUGCAUCAGGUAAAACGGAAAAAGUGAUCUUUCAGGCACUGAAGGAAUUGGGUCUUCCCAGCGGAAAGAAUGAUGAAAUUGAGCCUGCAGCUUUUACUUAUGAGAAAUUUUAUGAGCUUACCCAAAAGAUAUGUCCCCGAACUGACAUAGAGGACCUCUUUAAGAAGAUCAAUGGAGACAAAACUGAUUAUUUAACGGUAGACCAAUUAGUGAGCUUUCUAAAUGAACAUCAACGAGAUCCUCGGCUCAAUGAAAUUUUAUUUCCCUUUUAUGACACAAAAAGAGCACUGCAGAUAAUUGAGACAUAUGAGCCAGAUGAAGACUUGAGGAGGAAAGGUGUGAUAUCCAGUGAUGGGUUCUGCAGAUACCUGAUGUCAGAUGAAAAUGCCCCCGUCUUCCUGGACCGCCUGGAGCUGUACCAAGAGAUGGACCAUCCCCUGGCUCACUACUUCAUCAGCUCCUCUCACAAUACCUAUCUAACAGGCAGGCAGUUUGGGGGCAAGUCUUCAGUGGAGAUGUACAGACAAGUGCUUUUGGCUGGAUGCAGGUGUGUCGAGCUGGACUGUUGGGAUGGCAAAGGUGAAGACCAGGAGCCGAUAAUAACCCACGGGAAAGCAAUGUGCACAGACAUCCUUUUCAAGGAUGUAAUUCAAGCCAUUAAGGAAACAGCAUUUGUUACAUCAGAGUACCCUGUCAUUCUUUCAUUUGAAAAUCACUGCAGCAAAUAUCAACAGUACAAGAUGUCAAAAUACUGUGAAGAUCUUUUUGGAGAUCUCCUGUUGAAGCAGCCUCUAGAAACACAUCCACUUGAACAAGGGAAAGCCUUACCAUCUCCCAAUGACCUCAAAAGAAAGAUUCUCAUAAAGAAUAAAAGGCUGAAACCUGAAGUAGAAAAGAAACAGCUAGAUGCUCUGAAGAAGAUGAUGGAGGCUGGGGAAACUGCUGCUCCUGUAAAUAUCCUGGAGGAUGACAACGAGGAGGAGAUAGAAAGCGCUGACCAGGAAGAGGAAGCUCAUCCUGAGUACAAGUUUGGAAGUGACCUUACUGUAGAUGAUUACAGUCAAAAAGAAGCUGUUGCCAUCAGUGUCAAAAAGGCUGUUGAAGAUUCUGAACAAGAAAACAAUAAAAAGGGUUUAGUAACUGUGGAAGAUGAGCAAGCGUGGAUGGCAUCUUACAAAUAUGUAGGUGCCACAACCAAUAUACAUCCAUAUUUAUCAACAAUGGUCAACUAUGCUCAGCCUGUAAAAUUUCAAGGUUUCGAUGUAGCAGAAGAACGUAAUAUUCACCAUAACAUGUCCUCUUUCAACGAAUCUGUCGGACUGGGCUAUUUGAAGACUCAUGCCAUUGAGUUUGUGAAUUACAACAAGAGACAGAUGAGUCGGAUAUACCCAAAGGGAGGCCGUGUGGAUUCCAGUAAUUACAUGCCUCAGAUUUUCUGGAACGCUGGCUGCCAGAUGGUCUCACUGAACUAUCAGACCCCAGAUUUAGCAAUGCAGCUGAAUCAAGGAAAAUUUGAGUACAAUGGAUCGUGCGGGUACCUACUGAAGCCAGAUUUCAUGCGGCGACCAGACAGGACGUUUGACCCGUUCUCUGAAACUCCUGUAGAUGGUGUCAUUGCUGCAACGUGCUCUGUGCAGGUGAUCUCUGGGCAGUUCCUGUCAGACAAGAAGAUUGGCACCUACGUGGAGGUGGACAUGUACGGGCUGCCCACGGACACCAUCCGCAAGGAGUUCCGCACGCGCAUGGUGAUGAACAACGGCCUCAACCCCGUCUACAACGAGGAGUCCUUUGUCUUCAGGAAGGUCAUCCUCCCUGACCUCGCUGUGCUGAGAAUUGCAGUGUAUGAUGACAAUAACAAGCUGAUUGGGCAGAGGAUCCUGCCCCUGGACGGGCUGCAGGCAGGUUACAGACACAUCUCCCUGCGGAACGAGGGCAACAAACCCCUGUCUCUUCCCACGGUGUUCUGCAACAUCGUGCUCAAAACCUACGUGCCUGACGGGUUUGGAGAUAUUGUGGAUGCUUUAUCAGAUCCAAAGAAAUUUUUGUCUAUCACAGAAAAAAGAGCAGACCAAAUGAGAGCUAUGGGCAUUGAAACUAGCGAUAUAGCUGAUGUACCAAAUGACACCUCAAAGAACGACAGGAAAGGCAAAGCCAACAAUCCCAAAGCCAGCGUCACUCCCCAGAGCAGCUCGGAGCUCCGGCCCAGCACCACGGCGGCCUUUGGCUCUGGCCAGGAGGCCAAGAAAGGUAUAGACCUCAUUCCUCAAGUGAAGAUAGAAGAUUUAAAGCAAAUGAAGGCUUAUAUAAAGCAUUUAAAGAAGCAGCAGAAAGAGCUGAAUGCCUUAAAGAAGAAGCAUGCCAAGGAGCACAGUGCCAUGCAGAAGUUGCACUGCACACAGAUUGACAAAAUAGUGGCCCAGUAUGAUAAAGAAAAGGUGUCAUAUGAGAAAAUGUUGGAGAAGGCAAUGAAGAAGAAGGGAGGAAGUAAUUGCGUUGAAUUGAAGAAAGAAACAGAAAUUAAAAUUCAGACACUAACAUCAGAUCACAAAUCUAAGGUCAAAGAGAUCGUGGCGCAGCACACCAAGGAGUGGUCCGAGAUGAUCAAUACGCACAGCGCCGAGGAGCAGGAGAUCCGCGACUUGCACCUGAACCAGCAGUGCGAGCUGCUGAAGAAGCUGCUCAUCAAUGCCCACGAGCAGCAAACCCAGCAGCUGAAAUUCUCCCACGACAGGGAAAGCAAGGAGAUGCGUGCCAACCAGGCUAAAAUAUCCAUGGAGAACAGCAAAGCCAUUAGCCAAGACAAAUCCAUCAAAAACAAAGCUGAAAGGGAGAGGCGAGUCAGAGAACUGAACAGCAGCAACACGAAAAAGUUCCUGGAAGAGAGAAAAAGGCUGGCAAUGAAGCAGUCAAAGGAAAUGGAUCAGUUGAAAAAAGUUCAACUUGAGCACUUAGAAGUCUUGGAGAAGCAGAAUGAGCAGGCAAAGGAGAUGCAGCAGAUGGUGAAGCUGGAAGCAGAGAUGGAUCGCAGGCCAGCAACAGUGGUUUAAAGCCUCAACAAGCAAAUUGAAGCUGGAGAGCACAGCAUCCUUAAAAUGAGAGCAAAAUUCAAAAUAACAUUGCUGAGGUUGAAGAGUGGGCCUUUGGUUUGGUUUGGUUUUGGCAGGGGUUUGUUUUGGGUUUUUUUGUUCUUAAUAUUUCAAGGGUAGCUAUGGACCACCAAGUCUUAAGGUUUGCAUUGUUUCUUUUUUAACACUGGGCACUGAAUUUCCUUUGUUGGAUUUCCAUAAGAAUUUCCUUUGUUCAGAAAAACCCCAACUGAAAUGCAGAGAGCUUUUUAAACCCCAUCCUGUUUCUGUAUCUCACCAGGCACGGUGCCUGCGUCAGAAUCCCGCGAUCAGAGGCUCGAAGCACAGGAGAUUCCUUUAACAUCAUGUCAGAUGGCAGCAAAGCUGUAGCUCGCUGUAAUUUCCCAUUUGUGUUCUCAUGUGUGAUGUGCUGUGCAGAAGCCCCGCGCCGCCAGACCCCGCCAGGCCACGCCUUGUCAGAUGCUCUGCACCUGAUGUUCCCUGAGCCCACUGAACGGGACCGUAUGCCAAGUAAUAAUUAGGAUAGUGAGGAGUUGAGUUUGAUUUUAAAUUACAUUUAAAUGGGUUUUUUUGCAGGCAGCAGGCAGUUGAAAGGUAACUGCGUAUAUUCAAAAGUACAGCGAGUACAAAGUCAUCGGCCACAUUCAUCAGCUGCAGCAGUAACCUGACAGGGUAUUUCUGCAGCCUAACGAUGCCAUUCACAAGUGCCAUAUCAACUCUAUCAAUUCUGAGGGGAGCCAAUAUCCUGUAGAAGUCACUGCAGUGGAUAACCUGAGGGAAAUACAGUGUAUUCGUGCCAAAACUGAUCAGUGCUCUAAGGAAUUACGUAUUAGGCACUUUAAGAAAAGUUUACAUCCUACAUUGCUUGUAUAGAAAUUGCAUUUUGAUCCUGUUGUUGCAGAUCCCGGAUACUACAGUUCAUUGUAACUUAAAAGAUUGUUUAAAUGGCUUUUGGCAAAAAGUUUGUAACUGUGAAAAUGUAAAAAGUAUUUAUACACUUGGGAAACACAACAUUGUAGAAAUUCACAUACAUGUUGCUACGUGAUAAAAUUAGUAAACAAAAAUGCUAAGAGUAUGUUUGCAUGUGAUACAAAUGCUACUAAGGCUGUCAUGCCUACUAUAUGACCACAGUCAUGCUACUAGCUGGUAAAUACUGAGUAAAUGUAUGGCACAGAAUAUUGUUUGAUUAAUUACAAAGACUUUUAGCAUUACAAGGUCUCUAUAUAUAUGUGUGUAUAUUAAUUACGUGGGCAUUCUUGAUACUUGUAGUAAAAGAGAAGUACAUAACUAAUUUAAUUUUACACAGAAGUAUUUAUGCAGAUUUUCAGAAUUUCAUAUCAGGAAUAACCUUUUUAUGUCCAUUAGAUAUAAAACCAAUUUGCUAAUGUGUCAAUUUGCAUGUUUCCAGAGCUUGCUGUAGUUAUAUUGCAAAACAAUGCAUGUAAGCAUUCGGCUUGGAAUUUGUCCAUGCUGCCAAUUCAAAGAUGACUGCAUGGAAAACUGGUAGUUUAGAACAAAUCAGAUUUCUGAUUUCAAUGUACUAAGCACCAAUUACUUUGUUGUAUAUGCUUGUACAAACAAAUUCUACAUAUUCCUAUAAACAAAAUAAAUGAAGAGAGAUAAUUAUGUUAUUGUCGGUCCUGAGAUGAAACUUUCAACUUCUCUAAUAAAAACCUUAAAAAUUCAAA